CCCACCCGCCCUAUUCCGUGCCUGUUCCGCCUGGUGAGCGAGGACCUUCCAGUGCACACACACACACACACACACAUCUGCACCCAGGUCGAGCAAGUGCGCCGCAUCGUGGCCGCCUCAAUCGUUCGCAUCACCCCCGGCAGGAACGGUUCUCCGCACCUGUCGCGGCAUCAGCUCGGGCCCGUUCAAGCUUCCCAUGCUGGGGCUCACGUCGUUGCCUGGACAUGCCUGCGUGCAUUCUUUGCUACGUCGUCGUCACGGGACCAUAUCGUCGGCCUGAGCUACCACACUCCCUUCAUCCGCCACCGGGUACUGUACCACCUCAAAAUUCCAAAUUUGGGACCGAACGCACGACGCUCGCUCAGCCUUGUCGGACCAGGCGGGUAGCCCGCCAGCCACUCGUUCUUGGAGAAUCACCAGUGUGCCUUUCCUCAUAGAGCAAGUUGCCCUCUCAGCGUUACAUCUGUCGGACAACACGAUCUCAGUAAAGCCUGCUGAGGCUCAAAUCAUCCUGCCACCACUGACCCUCACAUGACCACAAAUGCAUUCACAUCAGCGACUGGCCGGAGGCACGACCUUUUCGACAAGAUGCUAACAUUGCCCACAGAUAAACCCAAG